CCCGCCAGACCCUGCGCGGGGAAAGAUGGCGACGUCCAGGUGGCGGUCUUGAGGAGACAGAUCGGUAUGGUGUUGGCUGCUGUGCCCGCAAAGCGGGCGCUAGCUGGCUCUGCGGGGCUCGGCCUGGGGGGCUUCGGGGCCCCGAGACGCGGGGCGUACGAAUGGGGCGUACGCUCUACGAGGAAGCCCGAGCCUCCACUGGACAGGGUGUACGAGAUCCCUGGACUAGAGCCCAUCACUUACGCGGGGAAGAUGCACUUCAUGCCCGGGCUGGCGCGGCCGGUCUUCCCGCCUUGGGACCGCGGCUGGAACCAUCCAAGGUUCCACCGCUCGCCCCCGAUUGAAGAACAUUCGCUGUACAAGGACCAGACCUGCUACAUCUUCCACCAGCGUUGCCGUCUCCUCGAGGGUGUGAAGCAGGCCCUGUGGCUUACCAAGACCAAGUUAGUUGAAGGACUUCCUGAGAAAGUGCUUAGUCUUGCUGAUGAUCCGAGGAAUCACAUUGAGAACCAAGAUAAGCGUGUUCUGAACAUCAUCUCUCAUGCCCGUCUCUGGCAUUCCACUGAGGACAUCCCCAAGAGAGAGACCUACUGCCCGGUUAUCAUGGACAGUCUGAUACAGCUGUGCAAAUCCCAGAUUGUCAAGCACCCUUCUCUGGCCAGGCGGAUCUGUGCCCAGAACUACUCAUUAGCUACCACCUGGAAUCGAGAGUCUGUUCUCCUUCAGGUCCGUGGUAGUAGUGGCACCCGACUGAAUGCUAAGGAUCCUCUACCCCCCAUUGCCUCCAGAGAGGAGGUUGAAGCUACCAACAAUCAUGUUCUUGAGACCUUCUAUCCUGUAUCUCCCACUAUUGAUCUUCAGCAGUGCAAUGUUUAUGAUGUGAAAAAUGAUACAGGAUUCUGUGAGGGCUAUCCUUACCCCUACCCCCACACCCUAUAUUUCCUGGAGAGAGCCAAUAUACGGCCACAACGCUUUCACCCAGAUCAGCUGCGGGCCAAGAUGAUCCUGUUUGCUUUUGGCAAUGCCCUGGCUCAGGCCCGGCUCCUCUAUGGGAAUACCACCAAAGUCUUGGAGCAGCCCAUCGUUGUGCAGAGCGUGGGCACAGAUGGACGGGUCUUCCAGUUCCUUGUGUUGCAGUUGAACACCACAGAUCUGGUCUCUGAUGAGGGCGUCAAGAAUUUGGUGUGGGUGGACUCAGACCAGCUCCUCUACCAGCAUUUCUGGUGUCGCCCAGUGAUCAAAAAGAAGGUGGUGGUGGAACCUGUUGGGCCGAUUGGUUUCCAGCCAGAGACGUUCAGGAAGUUUUUAGCUCUGUAUUUGCAUGGUGCAGUGUAAACCAAGAAUGUUCUGUGGCCUGAUGCCCCCUGGCCCUUUGAAGAGCCUUCAUCCUGGGCAGGCAGUGUCCAGGAUCUGGCUGGAGCCUCCACACUUGCUUGGUCUGGUCAUCUUGCUAGUUAGUAAUAAAGAGCCCUUUUGUUGCCUUGGAACCUGUGUUGGUGUGAGGGUACUGUCAGAAGAGGUACCUCUGUCACAUGUGGGCCACACUGUGUGCUUUGUCAUCGUCCCUAUAUCCCCACCCCCUGGCAAGUGGAGGCCCUGCCUCAGCAUAAGAUCAGCUCUGCCCUGGACCCAUGUUUGGACCUUGGACCUUUGAUAAGUGUCUUUCAGUUUCUUCAUCUGGAACUUGGGGCUAGCAUGAUUUCCAUUAGUUUUUGAGACAGUGUCUUACUAUCACAGGAAG